AUGGCUCUCGAAUUACACAUUCCACCUUGUAUUCGCACUCCCACUCAUCCUCGCCAUCCGCCUCAAUUCGCCAGCCCACUAAGGAUCCAGAUUGAGGGCCCAUUGAUGUCUGUUCAAAAACUGUUUCCCGAGGUUCCCUGGAACCUAGAAGAUCUGGACUUCCCUCAACCUGCUGGUCCCAUGUUAGCGAGGCUGGCGUACCAAGUCAUUUAUGGGCGACAGGAUCGGGCAGACGUUACUAACGAUCUCAUUAUGCGAGAUGAGUACUUAGGUUGGGUGCGAGAAGAGAGACCUCGAAGGGUUAUUGAUUACUACGGCGUUACGUUCGACCACCUUGUUCCUGCUGAUGAUCCCGAUCCAGAGGUGUUGCAAAUCAACAUCUUCGAGAUGGAUUACGACGAGGGGUUGUAUGCAAACACCUACUUACCCUUUAAAGUCGACCCGUCUGAAUACACGGGCCGGAAGGUAUUGGCAGUGCCGAGGUGCUGUUAG